ACCAAGAUGGCGGUUUUCGCAACGAUUUGGAAAAUUAGUGAAAAUUUCUCCUCGAAGAUAUUUACACGCUGCUCUUUAUUCAAAGGUUUUGAGUGUCAUGUAAGACCAAAUGCAGCUCAAAGAUAUAUCAGUACGUCAGUGGCAAGCAAUAAAUAUUAUGUGAAGCCGAACUACCUGAAGCGCUGGGCAAGACGCGAUCAAAAAAGACGCAAAAUGUUUGCUGAAUACGAACAACACAGAGGUAGAUUACGGAUGUUAAGUAAGUGCGAUAUAUUGCCUUCGUCUGUGCGUAAGCAAGCUGCAGCCGAACUGGCUGAAUUGCCUAGAGACAGUUGCAUUACGAGAGUUAGGAAUCGCUGUGUGCUGACUGAUAGAGGUCGAGGUGUGAUAGGCCGGUUUCAAAUUUCACGGAUCAUGUUCAAAUAUUAUGCUGAGAAAGGACUUAUCCCAGGCAUACAGAGGUCACAAUGGUGACAGGUGAGACCUCCAAAUAAUGCUUCAAUAUUAAAGCGGACUUUCUUGAGAUGGUUAAAGAGGAAUGUUGUGAGAAAGGAUAUCACACGUUAUGACAUCACAUGUUGGACAUCGAGAUUACAUUUAUGGUAUCUUUGCCAUUAUCGACGAGAACACAGACUUGAAAUAUUUACCAAGCUCUACAAAUAUUAGAAUAUAAGAUUGAAACCAGAUUCAUUUAUAAAUUUUAUUUUGAAAAUUAUGCAUUAGAAUUUUUUAUUUUAUUGAUGACUGCUGUUGCACGUUGUUUUAUAGCUUCAUGUGAGUGGUUUGUGAGAGUCUCUAAGUUUUGUAAAAUGCCUGAAUCUUCAAGACUGCUCUUCUCAGCAAAUCCUACAACAUAAAAUUUAAGAUAUACAUUCAUGACCAAUAUUUAUGGCAGCAAUGUUGAAUAGUGCAAGCUUGCCUGGAUUUCUGAAGAGAAAUACAUACCUUUAAGAAAUAAA